CCCGGCAUUGUCUUGCACUGAUCACUGCACUGUUCGAGCUAAUUCAGCUGUUGCAACAAUAAUGGGACGCAAAUCGUUUAAAUCACGAAAAGGAAAAUCGAAGGGCGGCAGUGAUCGAUCGAGCAACCAGAAGAAUUAUGCUGAGACGAUCAAAGAUAAUGACAGUUUUAAGCAAUACUAUAAGAACCAAAAUAUCUUGCCCGAUGAUGCCGAGUUUGACGAGUUUUAUCGCGUAUUGAAGACAACUUUACCUACAACCUUCCGUGUUACGGGCACCCGCAGUAAUGCGCUUCAAUUACGUGAAGUUGUGCAGAACGUACUAGUACCAAGCAUGCAGAGCAUUGAAGUGGAUGGACAGAUUUACGAGCCACCUAUGCCGAUUCCAUGGUAUCCAGACAAUUUCGGCUGGCAGGUGAACGCUCCUCGUAGUGUCCUGCGCAAGUCUCAAGAAUUCUCUAGUUUCCAAAAGUUUAUUGUAUCAGAGACUGAAGCUGGCAAUAUUAGUCGUCAAGAGGCUGUGAGUAUGGUGCCACCGUUGCUGAUGGACAUCAAGCCGCACAUGUGGGUUCUGGACAUGUGCGCUGCACCCGGAUCUAAAACGGCUCAGAUUAUUGAAGCUGUCCACGCGAACGACCUCUUGAACGAACUUCCUACUGGCUUGGUCGUUGCCAAUGAUGCUGAUUACAAACGAAGUCAUAUGCUCGUUCACCAAUCAAAAAGAUUGCAAUCGCCCUGUUUCAUUGCUACCAACCAUUAUGGACAACAAAUCCCAGCCAUGCAUGUGAAGGAUGAAAAUGGUAAGCUUGCCGCGUGGCAAUUCGACCGUGUUCUUUGUGAUGUUCCAUGCAGUGGUGAUGGCACGUUACGCAAGAAUGAAACGAUCUGGAAUGACUGGAGUCAGAAUCAGGCAUUGGGCUUGCAUCGGACUCAGGUGCAGAUUUUCUUGCGCGGUGCUCAGCUGACCAAGGUUGGCGGCCGAAUUGUCUAUUCCACCUGUUCAUUCAAUCCAGUCGAGAAUGAGGCUGUAGUAGCUGAAGUUUUGCGUUUGACCGAUGGCGCAUUGGAGAUCAAGGAUAUGUCUCAUGAGUUACCGGAAUUGAAACGGAAGCCCGGCUUGACAAAUUGGAAGGUCAUGACAAAGGAUGGAGAGUACAUCACAUCGCUUGAUGAUAUCAAGGGCGACAGACAACGCUCCAAGUUCCCUGCAUCGGUAUUCCCGCCUGAAAAUGUAGAGUCGUUGCAUUUGGACCGAUGCUUGAGAAUCUAUCCUCACCAACAAAACACCGGAGGAUUUUUCGUGGCUGUUUUUGAUAAGGUCAAGCCGCUGACCGCAGCUGACCGUGUUCAUGAGGGCAAAUCCGACCUCGAUGCACAUGAGAUGCAGCAGUCUGAGGCAAAUGAAGAAAAACUCGUGGAAGCAGUAGGUGGAGGACAAGAAGGAGAAGAUCAACAACAGGCCGUAUCGGCAACCGCGGAACCGAGUGCCGCGGAAGGAAACGCGAGUGAAACCCCUGGAUCAAAGCGUCCCGCGGAAGACGUCAGCAGCAGCACCAACAACAUAGCCCAGCAACAGCCUGCAGUCAAGAAGCAAAAGCAGGAUGUACCCCAAAUCAAAGAAGCACCUUUCCAGCUCAUGUCGCCGGACAAUCCGGACGUGAAUGCAUUGACAGAAUACUUUGGCAUUGAUCCAGCAUUCCCUCGCGACCAGUUCAUCUUGCGAUGUGAAGAAGAGGCCAAGAACCGUACAAUCUACUUUUGCUCUAAAUCUGUGCGCUCCAUCUUACAAUCUAAGGAUUGGGAUAAGUUGCAUGUGGUGAAUACAGGCGUCCGGCUGUUUGUCCGGCAGGGAUCGCUGGGAGACGAGAGUCUUGCUGCACCCUUCCGGCUUACCUCGGAUGGAUUGCCUCUGCUUGAACGCGUUAUGGUGGAUGAUCGACGCAAAAUCAAGAUCUCCGACGAAGCCCAGGAAGAAGAUCUGAAAACCCUGUUAAUGGCUCCAGACAUGCCGAGAGUGGAAGAACUUUCAGCAUCAACGCAGGAAAAGAUGCAAAAGCUUGGUGUUGGCUCUUGCAUUUUCGAGUUUGAUGUCGCCAAAGCAUUUAAUAAGCCGCUGGAUAAGACUUUAUCGCUCUCGUUGCCAGUAUGGAAAGGCAAAAACCGAGUGAACUUGUUGAUCAACAAGCAUGACAAGAGAUCACUCUGUCAACGGAUCUUUGGUGUUACAGGCUCUUCUGAUGCUGCUGCUUCAAAACCUGUUGUUGCUGCUCCUAGCAGUAGUAACGAUGAUGCUGAUCAAGUAAAGUCAUCGGAUCAGCAACCAGAACAAAAGCAGUAGCAGCCUUUAGAUAAACAUUCUGUAAUAAUAACAAUAACAACAAUAACUCAUAUUAACAAGAGAAAGAGAGAGAGAGAGAUGCA